GAUGUUGGUAGUCCUAGCCUUGUCUUCAGCUCAAAUGCACUAUUUGUUGCUGCCGGGGCUGCAUUACUUUCAACUUGCGAGGCUCCUACACAGCAUAACAACUUUUGUUUUGUGUCGCGUAUUCACGUGUCUCCUGAGAAGAGGAUACUAGCUAAGGAAAAAAGUUUUCACCCUCUCAUUGGUGAACGGAAACUGCUGCGUUUUAAUUUCUUUUUCUAAGCAAAAUGCCGCAGCUCAACAGUGGUGGGGGAGAUGAUCUCGGAGCGAACGACGAAAUGAUUUCCUUCAAGGAUGAAGGCGAACAAGACGAAAAGAUCCAGGAGAACGCUUUCACGGAGAGGGACUUGGCUGACCUCAAGUCGUCUUUGGUGAAUGAAUCGGAGAUAAAUCAGAACUCAAACGCAGCGGUGGUCAGGCGGGGACACCACCACCACCACGAUGAGCACAGAGUUUACCCAGAAAAACACAGAGAACAUCUCGAAGAUGUGUCGAAGCAGGAUGGGGGGAUGUACAAGGCACCGGCAUACUCCGGUUAUCCAUUCCUGAUGCUGACAGACCCAUACCUCCCAGGCGGAUCAGUGUCACCAUCUUCCAACAAAGUGUCUGUGGUCCAGCAGUCUCACGGGAUGACUCCUCAUGGGAUGCUGCUGCAGUACCCCAGUUCUGACCACUUCAACCCUAGCCCUGCACACCUGCCUACGGACAUGAGCCAGAAACCAGGCGUCCACAGGCACCAGUCCCAGGAUCUGUCCAGCUUCUACUCACUUGCCCCUGGGGGCGUGAGCCAGAUCUCCCCCUCCAUGAACUGGCAGCCUCAGCCUGUGUACCCGCUGUCCUCAUGUGGGUUCAGGCAGUCUUACUCCUCCAGCCUCCCCAGCAGCUCCUCCUACCCCAGGUUCUCUCAUUCUCUGAUGCUGGGACCCUCCGGUAUGCACCCCACAGGCAUCCCACACCCUGCAAUAGUGCCCCCUUCAGGCAAACAGGAACAUGACCAGUACGACAGAAAUAUGUAUGCCAAACCCCACCCAGAGCCCAAGAGAGAGAAGGAGCCCAAGAAGCCGGUGAUCAAAAAGCCGCUGAACGCUUUCAUGCUCUACAUGAAGGAGAUGAGGGCCAAGGUGAUCGCCGAGUGCACCCUGAAGGAGAGCGCCGCCAUCAAUCAGAUCCUGGGGAGACGGUGGCAUGCCCUGACCCGUGAGGAGCAGGCCAAGUACUACGAGCUGGCCAGGAAGGAGCGACAGCUGCACAUGCAGCUCUACCCCAGCUGGUCCGCCCGGGACAACUACGAUGCAGGCCUUAGAGGGGCCGGGGAGGAAAAGAGAAAAGCUGAUGGGGGAAAGAAGAAGAGGAGAAAACGGGAGAAGCAGCAGCAACAAGACCCCAGCACAGACCCCGGCUCUCCUAAGAAAUGCAGAGCUCGCUUCGGCCUCAACCAACAAACGGAAUGGUGUGGUCCCUGCAGGAGGAAAAAGAAGUGCAUUCGCUACCUUCAAGGAGGACGGUGCGUCAGCCCCCAUUCUUCCGAUGGAAGUGCUAUAGACUCGCCCUCCUCCCCUGUGUACCCCUUCCAGCAGCCGCACUCCCCCAACCCCACCCCUCCACGCCCCCUCUCGCCUGCCUCCCCGUCCAGCGGCUCACCACCCAGCAAACGACGCCACCCCCUCCACCCCCACCCCAAACUACACGGACUGUCUAUUCAAACUUUAACCAGGCAACACAAGUGUCCGCCCCAAUAGUCCUGA